AUGGAUUCUGAAGUUGCUGCCUUGGUUAUUGACAACGGUUCUGGUAUGUGCAAAGCCGGUUUCGCCGGUGACGAUGCCCCUCGUGCGGUCUUUCCUUCGAUUGUUGGUAGACCAAGACACCAGGGUAUCAUGGUCGGUAUGGGCCAAAAGGACUCUUACGUCGGUGACGAAGCCCAAUCCAAGAGAGGUAUCUUGACUCUUCGUUACCCUAUUGAGCACGGUAUCGUUACCAACUGGGACGACAUGGAGAAGAUCUGGCAUCACACCUUUUACAACGAAUUGAGAGUCGCCCCAGAAGAGCACCCUGUGCUUUUGACUGAAGCUCCUAUGAACCCUAAGUCCAACAGAGAAAAGAUGACUCAAAUCUUGUUCGAGACUUUCAAUGUUCCAGCCUUCUACGUCUCUAUUCAAGCCGUUUUGUCUUUGUACUCUUCUGGUAGAACAACCGGUAUUGUUUUGGAUUCUGGUGAUGGUGUUACCCACGUUGUUCCUAUCUACGCCGGUUUCUCUUUGCCUCACGCCAUUUUGAGAAUCGACUUGGCCGGUAGAGACUUGACCGACUACCUAAUGAAGAUUUUGAGUGAGCGUGGCUACCCAUUCUCUACUACUGCUGAAAGAGAAAUCGUUCGUGACAUCAAGGAGAAACUAUGUUACGUUGCGUUGGACUUCGAACAAGAGAUGCAAACCGCAGCUCAAUCUUCUGCUAUUGAGAAGUCUUACGAACUACCAGACGGACAAGUCAUCACUAUUGGUAACGAAAGAUUCAGAGCCCCAGAAGCUUUGUUCCACCCUAGUGUUCUUGGUUUGGAAGCUGCUGGUAUCGACCAGACCACCUACAACUCUAUCAUGAAAUGUGACGUCGAUGUCCGUAAGGAAUUGUACGGUAACAUUGUCAUGUCUGGUGGUACCACUAUGUUCCCAGGUAUUGCUGAGAGAAUGCAAAAGGAGAUUACCGCUUUGGCUCCAUCUUCCAUGAAGGUCAAGAUCAUUGCUCCUCCAGAAAGAAAGUACUCUGUCUGGAUCGGUGGCUCUAUUUUGGCCUCUUUGACCACUUUCCAGCAAAUGUGGAUCUCCAAGCAGGAAUACGACGAGAGCGGACCAUCUAUUGUCCAUCUCAAGUGUUUCUAA